CUGGCCACUGUCUGGAGAGGGCCAGCGAAGCCACUAAAGCCCUCAGCCCUCAUGGCCUUGAAACCCGAGGACCCCUCUGGUGGAUUCCAACACGGCGAAGUGGUGGCCUUCAUCAAUGACAAGAUGGCCAGGCACACAAAAGGUCCUGAAUUCUACCUCGAGAAUGUGUCCCUGUCCUGGGGGCAGGUGGAAGACAAGCUCAGGGCCAUCGUGGAAGACAGUGAGCUGCCCAGUGAGGCCAAGGAGGCCUGCGCCUGGAGCAGCCUGGCCCUGGCCGUGCGCUUCGCCCUCAGGCAGGAGCAGUUACAGGGACUCAGGGUGCAGUGGCUGCACGAGUUCUCCAAACUGCACAGGUCGGCCGCACGGAGACUGUCCGCAGAGGUGAAGGAGCUCCAGGAGAAGCAGAAGAUGGAGCGCGAGGAGGCGGUCUUCCACCUGCGGCAGACCCAGACCCAGCUGGCGCAGUUGCAGAAAGAGCUGAAGCUGCUGAGGAUGAAGCUCCUCCGGGUGGAGGAAGAGGAGGCGGCAGCGGCCACUGGCGCUGCAGGAGGAGAGAAGGAGCAGGAUGCUGAGGAAGCUGUCCCCACGGAGGCUGCACAGGAGCCGGGUGGAGACCUGCAGCUCUUGGGAGCCAUGGAGCAGAAAAAUUACACCUCUGGAGGGCAGGGGGGGGAAGAUCUGAGGUCAGUGGAAACAGCCAUGACUUAUCUCUCUGAGACCCUGAACCUCCCAUCCACAUCCUCGCAGGAGUUCCUUCCUGUCCAGCUCCCUGACUCAUUCACAUACUCAUAUGAAUGCCCUUUCUCCCCCUUCCCAGACACAUCCCCACCAGCAGCUGUGGCACCGGCUGCACCUCAGAUGCCUCGCUACUGGGGGGCCUCUGAUGUUACCCUGUGGUCUGAUGUGGGGGCUCAGGGAAUAGACCCUCGAGAUCUCCAAAGGGACUGGAGACACUCCCGACCCUAUCAGCGGAGACAAGUAUUUCGCAGGCCCGGGGGAUGGAACUGCUCUUGGUGCAGUACCGUGAAUUUUUCACGGAGGGAAGUUUGCUGCCAUUGUGGGAGGGGAAUCUGGCUGCAAAACCCUCAGUGA